AUGUCUGAUGAAAAAACAUUUGCGGUCGUGCGCCAAAUGAUACGGCAAAUUUUACGCUGCGAAUUUAGGAUUCCUCGUUCUACCUCCGACGAUAUUCUUAAGGAAACGAUAGGAGCCCCAUUUUCGCUUACUGACUUCGUUUUGUACGAUGGAAAUAUGGUCAUUCCUUGUAUUUAUGACUCGUUUGUCCAGGGUGGAGUCUUCGAAAUUAGACCCCCAGGAUCCGCCUUACCUAACAUCGACAACAACCGUGUUAUACGACCAGGACCUGUCAAUGAAAAUAGGUCGGCUUUCGCUUUUGCCUUUUUUACUUCGAUCUUAGCAAUCGUAUUUGGUACCAUACUGUGGAAAGCAAUAACCUUGUUCAAUCACUAUCUUUCAUCCAACAAUGUGGAAAUUCUCGACCCAGUCCCUAUAAUUACCCUAAAUCAAAAUUGGAUCUAUCAGCAUAGUUUGCCGGCUUAUAACGCUGUCAUGGAUGCUUUUGCAACAAACGGCCUUCAAAUAGGCACAGAGAUAAGAACUCUCAUAGCAUUAUUCACUUCACAGAUAACGAGGAACUCUACAUCGUACGCAACAAUAUUUACAAUAUUAUCCCCAUGCCUUCUGUGUUCCUUCUUCCCUCCAAACUCAACUCCCUAA